UAAAAAAACUUCUAGGUUGUGUGAAUUUCACUUUAAAGAAGAAGACAUCGUAAAAGAAGAUAAAUUUAUCAUUGAUGGACAAGUGAAAUGUAUUCCACGACAAAAUUGGACAUUAAAAAAGGAUGCUUAUCCACAGAUUUUCCCAUUCACAGAUACAGUGCAGAGAAAACCACCAGCUGAAAGAAAGCCACUCAACGACACAACCAAUACUUACAAGGGACUAACCCCUUCCAGAUCAAGAACGAGUAAAGAAAAAUUAAGAAAUGAAGCUGGCUUCAAACCAACCAAGAAAGUGGUAACACACAUACAAGAAAUGAUUCCCAAAGAACCAAAUGAAGAAGCAGUUGAUGUAGACCCAUCUUUUGAAGCUAUUACUUGUCGUACUGUAGAAGAGAAUCCCCCACUCAUACAGCAGGAAAUUGAUAGCAUUAUUCUACCAUCAUCAUCUUGGAGAAGAGGAGAUUUUUCUGUCGAAGGUUGUAUUAAUUAUUUUGAAAUCCAAGAAAAAGAAAAAAGUGUUGCUAUACAAAAAAUAGCAUCUGUUGAUUUUAAAAAACGGACAUUCUCGCACACUAUACUCAAUCGUGACAUCACCGAAAUUGAGGGGAAAAACGGCGGUACUUUCACGUCAGUGGCAGAAGUAGAAGACAUGCUAAGAAAACUACAUGAAGCAAGAAUCUGCCCAGGAAUAGUAAACAAUCCUGAAAAGUAUCCCCAACAAAAUUCUGGAUUGGUUCGUAAUGGGAAAUUGGUUGAUGGAAUUUGGAGAGCUUAUAAUUGUAGUCUUCUUCUAUCUGAUACUGACACAACCAACAAAUGCACCUGUUGCAAAUUUCUACAUAAGGCUUUGCAGAUGCAAAUGAAAAGGAUGAAGACGCUGAAGAUGCAUACAAAAGUUAAUCACAAGUAUUUAACCAUGAAGCAGCUGUCCCACAAAGUAGCUGCUAAAGCCGAAAAUGAAGCAAGGCGAAAAUCUAUACUGAAAAAGAAAAAAGAAGAGAUAGCAGCACUGAAAGCAGAGAUAAAAGACAUGCGCAUGCAGGUUGCAACAUUGAAGAACGACGAAAUAAAUGUUAUAUUAGACAAGAUUAAUGAUGAAAAGGUAUAAGAUUUGUUGAAUUCUUCCCAUUUUAACUAGUGAAGUCUAUUGCUUCUAUUUGUCUUAUGCCUUCGUUUUUACAUUUUCUAUUAAUUUUACGGUAGUAACAAAACAACCAGUAACUACUAACAACCUAAACAUGUUACGGUUAUUUCCAUACAGCCCAAAACAAUCCAUGUUCCCCUAUCCGACAUUCCUUAAAUCACCAUGAGUUUGUAUGUGAACAUAGUGCUGUAGUGACCCCAUAGUGACGCCUAUAUGACGAAUUUUUCUUUUUUUAUACUGAAAAAGUAUGUAGUAUAUUCAACAAUUCUGUAUCCCCUAGCAUUCACCUACACAUUCCCAACAUCUCCCAUAAAUAAGUAUCGGAAGUACAUCACCUAUUUUACAAAUUAUACUUGCGUACUGAUUAAUUCAACUAUUUUAGAAAGGUAAACUUAACUUUAACGCACUUUUUUGUCAUUUAUAGGAAAAAUUGGUUGUGAAAACGAUUAUCGCUAAAUCAAGAUGUAAAGAUAAGUACAAUAAGGAUAUGCGUUUCGAGAUGGAAUGGCUCUUGGAAUGUCUUUUGAUAAGAGUGAAGAGUCCGGCAACGUACGAACAUCUCAGAGUAAAUAACAUCCUUCCUCUUCCCUCGAAGGACACUUUAAGAAAGAUGAUAAGUAGUCUGUCACCGGAAUUCGGUUUUAAUGACUUCGCACUACAGUGCAUAAGAAGAAAUUUGAAGAAUAAGUCGCUACCUGAACGAUAUGGAUCACUCAUGUGGGACGAGAUGUCGAUCACACAGGAUUUGCAUUUUGACAAACAUACCUUUAAAUUUAAAGGAUUUACUUAUCUACGUGCCGAUCCUUCAGAUAUUGAGGAAGAAGAUAGCAACAUUUCUGCCCUGGACGAUUCUUGGAAGGAAGAAGAAGAAAAUUCCGUCCCCUUAGAGACCCCAGAGUUAGCCGACCACGCUUUAGUUAUCAUUUUUCGACCCUUCAAAGAAAGAUGGAUUCAACCGAUAGGCGUUUUUGCGUCCAAAAAUGCCGCAUCUGGCACUCAAUUGCAUAAGCUAAUAUUAAAAGCAAUUAUUUUAUUGGAAGAAUGCGAUGCACGAGUACUAACAACCGUAUGUGAUGGAUCGCAACCAAAUAAUACGGCUUGGAAACUAUUUGGAAUUUUUGGAUGUAACUCCGAUACAGCUGCGUUAAAUCACAAAAUGAAGCAUCCAAAGGCUGAUGGUGAUAUUUAUUUUUUGCGAGAUGUUCCACAUCUCUUUAAAUGUAUCCGGAACCACAUUUUUAACCACAAGGAAGUCCAGGCUUCUGUGAAAACAAUAAGAUACUCUGAUCUUUUGAAUUUAUUUCAAAACGACGUAAAAAGAGGAAGCACCGGAUUAAGUGUAGUGCCAAAGUUAAGACCAGUGCAUCUGUCCCCGAAUAGUUUUCAAAAAAUGAAUGUCAAGCUGGCUGUACAGGUUCUUUCCAAAUCAGUAGUUGAUGCUCUUCAGCUAUACCGGACACAUGAGAACGAGGAAUUGUCUGCCCAAUUUUCUGGUACAGAACCAUUGGAGAAUCUUUUUAGACAACUGGAUGAAUCUUUUGACGUUAUGAAUGCAAGGUGUCCCAUUGAUGGAAUUACACCGAGAAAUUGGAAUGGAUGAGAAUG